CGCAGAUUUAUAAUGCAAGAAUGAUAACUUAUAUUUGCUCGUAAAUUCUGCUUGAAAGACACUCACCCUGUAGUGAAUAGGAACGGUAUGUUACCAGGUCGCGUCCAGCCAAGGUUUCGCCUUCACAAGCAUCAAAAAAUCAAGAUUUGCAUGACCAUAUAGCAGUGAGAAAAAUUUAAAGAUAUUAGUGCUUUACUUAAAAUAGGAACAGAAAGAGUGCCAGGAUAAAGGAAGAAGGUAUUUCUGAAAUCAGUGGUUCAUGAUAAAUCAGUUGCUCAAUAAACUUGAAGAUUAUUACGCAAAUGACUGUUUGGAAGAAAUUGUUUGGCAAGUACUUGUUAAUCACAAACACAGUAAGCUGUGGCUUGAUGAUGGCAGCAGGGGACAUAAUUCAACAGCGCAGUGAGUACUUGAAGAAGAACAAAUACUUGCCAGGUGGAACCUAUGUGAUGGCAGCAUCUCUAGAAGACGAUAAAAAAUUCAAAAAUUCUAUGAAUUUUUAUGUUUACACGCAUGAUUAUGUACGUACCAAAAACAUGACGGUGGUGGGUCUUUUACAAGGCCCCUUUCAUCAUUGGUUCUACAUGAUCUUGGACAGAGCAUUUCCUGGAAGAAAUGUGAUGUCCGUUAUCAAGAAAACAUGUCUGGAUCAGACAAUCGCCAGUCCAACUUGCUUGGGAAUAUUUUUCGUUGGUCUUGGCGUUUUAGAGCACAAGAAUUUUAACGCUAUAUACGAGGAAGUGAAAAUGAAGCUGUACGACACGUGGAAGGUUGACUGUUGUUUCUGGCCACCAACACAGUGUGUGAACUUCUUUUUCAUACCCCUUCGCUACAGGGUACUGUAUACCAACUUUAUGACAAUGAUCUAUGACAUUUUCCUGUCUUACAUAAAAUAUGAUGCACAGUAUCAAUGAUGAAAAAUUUUAAAACUAGUCUAUCGUAUAAACCAUUCAAAUUUUAGACUCUAUCAACUCAUUGUUGACCAUUUAUAAUGUGUAAUACCACCGAAUAUGUAAUAUUUAAUGUAACAGAAUUAUAUAUAA